AGUCACAGUUGCCAAGGUAUUGUGGGAAAAAUAUUUUGUGCACUAUGGUCUCCCAGCAAGGAUACACUCAGACCAAGGCAGAGACUUCGAGAGUCGUCUGAUCAAAGAGUUUCUCACUAUGCUGGGAAUCAAAAAGUCUCGCACAUCCCCGUACCAUCCUCAGGGCGACGCCCAACCCGAACGUUUCAACAGGACAUUACUGGCAAUGCUUGGGACUCUGGAAAAUGUAAAGAAGCAGGGUUGGAGUCAGCACAUUAGUCAAUUAGUACAUGCGUACAAUUGCACCAAGAAUGAUGCUACAGGAUACUCUCCCUAUUUCCUGCUGUUCGGCAGAGAGGCAAGGUUGCCUGUUGACCUCUGUUUUGGUACUGCCCUGGAUGGAACGAGUGAGUUAUCUCAUAUUCAAUAUGUCAAAAAGAUGAGACAAGAGUUGCAGCAAGCCUAUCAACUUGCCACCGAGACAGCCACUAAAAACCAUCUGAGGAACAAAUCACGUUAUGAUCAACGUGUGAGAGAUCAGCCAUUGGCGGAAGGUGACAGGGUCUUAGUGCGAAAUGUUGGCCUUACAGGGAAACACAAGUUGCAAGACCGCUGGAAGUCUACACCUUAUGUGGUGAUCAAAAAAUUGCCUAACUUACCCGUCUAUAGAGUCAGACCAGAACAUGGCAAUGGAGGUGUUAAGACAUUUCACAGAGAUCAUCUCUUGCCAAUCGGUUACUUGGUCAGGAUGCCAAAUCCCUCACUGAACACUGAAUCUAUCAGGAAACCACCAGUGACUAGGAUGCAGGAUGCACAUAGACGCCAGAAGCCGCACUUACCACUUGAUCAAUGGUCUCAUGUUUCUUCCUGUUCGGAAUCGGAGUUCGAGGAUGUACAUGAAUGUCAAUUCCUGGAUGUGGAUGAAGUCAGGAGAGUCAUUUCAGCUCCUCGCCACCAGUCUGGAAAUCACUCACCAUCUGAGUAUGAAAAUUCUGAGCUGUCUGAGAGUGAGCCAGAAUUGGAACAACAUGAGGAGUCAACAAAGGAUGUUGCCUCUCAUCAGUCAGAAAAUGAGGAAGUGCAUCCCAGUGAUACUGCGGAAGACACUGAUGUAGAGCCAAGAGCUCACGCAAGACAUAACUAUACAAUGAAUGACAUGCCAAGGAUCAGAAAGUCACAGCGGGAAAAGAAGCCUGCUAUCCGCUUAACUUAUGAUAAACCCGGACAUUCUACUGAGGAACCUGUGACCAUUGUGCAUCAUGGAAUGGUUAUUCAGUUGAACCUUAGUUCUCAAGACAGAGAGGUUCAAACCCCAGUCAAAAACUACAAAUGUUCUCAAAUGUCGCGUAAUAAAUCAAGAACAACACCCGCCCAGCCUAGGUGUAAAAGAUGGUCAGAUGAGGACAUCUAGACAUUUAGAAGGGGGAGGGUGUAGCCCGGACUUAAAAGAUUUCAGUUAAGACAGAGACAAAGAAAUGUGUAAAUAAUUAAAUAAGCUUUAAUGUUUAAAAAGUCACUCUAAAAAAAAAAAAAAAACAAGUUCAGUAAAGCAGUUAAAUAAUUAAAAUCCUUAUAGGCAGAUUGAUUCAUCUUUGUUAUAUUGUUUGAUGUAAUUCAGGUUAUUGGAGAAAGUUUGUUCGAUAUGCACAUAGAAAGCGUGUUAGGUACAACCUAGCCUUGCAGGGAAUAAGGUUGACAAUCUUGGGUUUAUUCAAUCACACUGGUUGUUUAUUCGUUAAUUGGCCAGUAAGAGGUGCAUAGAGGCGGGAUAUAGAGGAAACCCCGUACUGUGAAUAACAGGGCUCAGUCAGAGGUUAAUAGAUAAGCUGUGGAAGACAGUGGAAACGUGGUGGCAGUGUGUGGUGUUUAUACGUGGAUGGAUGCAGAGUCUCAUCAAGCUGUGUCAGACAUCAUAUCUCUUGCCGAAGACUGUGGACCAGGAAGUCAUCCUUGGACUCUUUUGGAUGGGUAGAUGUGCUUCGCGCCAAGUUUGCCGUAGUGAACUGGGUUGCCCGUACCCCCGGUAUCAUCGUUAUCCCCUCGCUCAUCUUCUUCUAGCCAGUUACAGCCCUCUUUUGCCCUUUAUCCUCUCCAAGACUUGUGAGUAACUCUUGAUCAGUGCACUGCUAUUUUUCUUUUGCUUGCGUACAAGUGAAGCGGCCAUUUUGUUUUAGGUCUCCACGCUCCCAAGCAACGACUCAGGCCUGCAACGAGUUGUAUUUUUUUAUUUUUAUUUUUUUCUCAAAAGAGAGACAUUAAUUUAUUUUGUUGCAGAGUGUGCGUGAGUGUGGGCCUGUUAGGUAAAACUAAAGGUGAAAAAAGUGGUAAAUUAACAAGAAUACUAAUGUCUGAGAAAUUCUAAAGGUAAAUUCAUUCAGGGCUAUUCA